AUGCUGCAGUUCGCGGUCAUGAUCAUGCUGGCGCUUCAGCCUGCCAGGUCUGAAGCUAGUGCCUGGCGGCAACUCACUCCCAGCGGCACUGCGCCGUACGGGCGAUUUGAUCACAACGCCGUGUGGGCAAACGGCACCGGGAUGCUCAUCUUUGGGGGCUACGACGGCAGUUACAGGAAUGACUUGCACCUGUACACUGCAGUGUCGAAUCACUGGCAGCAACUCACGCCCAGUGGCACGGCGCCUUCGGUGCGAUCUGAUCACAGCGCCGUUUGGGCCAACGGCGCCGGCAUGCUAAUGUUGGGGGGCUCGGCUGGUGGUAUUCGAAAGAAUGAUGGUUUGCAUCUGUACAGUGCAGACUCAAACACUUGGCAGCACCUCACGCCCAGCGGCGUGCAGCCGUCGGCGCGAUCUGGCCACGCCGCUGUUUGGGCCAACGGCCUCGGCAUGCGCAGAGACCAUGACUACAACAUCAGCGACUUCGACCCUGGCAUCCAGUACAACCAGCAUGCUUUCGUCCAGUACGACCAGGACACUGACGUCCAGCACGACCAGGUCCAGCGUGACCAGGACACUGACGUCCAGCACGACCAGGUCCAGCGUGACCAGGACACUGACGUCCAGCACGACCAGGACACUGACGUCCAGCACGACCAGGUCCAGCGUGACCAGGACAUUGACGUCCACCGCCACAUCGUUCCCACAAGAAAGUAUGAGUGCCAUGCUGUCCUCUGCCACGAGCCCUUCUGUUUUCAUUGCUUGGGUGCUUGUGGUACUACAUGCCAUUGCGGGGUCAAUGAUCUUGCGACCAAGCCCAACGUCGUGGAAUAG